GGCAUUAUUAGAGGAAUAAGCAGAAGCCAGGAAAGGAAGAAGAAGAUGCGGUCGGCAACGUUGAGUCUUCCUAUCAUAGAUCUGUCCUCACCUGAUCGCUCUUCCACCGCCAACUUGAUCCGCCAGGCAUGCACUGAGCACGGAUUCUUCUAUCUAGUGAACCAUGGGGUGGAGAAAGAGUUGCUUCAGAGAGUUUUUGAGGAAAGUAGAAAAUUCUUCUCACUUCCUAUGGAAGACAAAAUGAAAUAUCCUCGCAAGGACCACAGAGGUUACAAUCCCCUCUAUGUUGAGAAACUUGAUCCUACUUCACCCUAUAGAGGUGAUUCAAAAGAGAGCUUCUACAUUGGUCCCUUAGGAGAUCCUGCAACAGUGAAUCUGAAUCAAUGGCCUUCAAAUGAGGCACUUACAAAGUGGAGACCCACAAUGGAAUCACUAUAUUGGAAAGUCUUUACUGCUGCAAAAGAGACACUAUCUUUAUUGGCCAUGUCUCUGAACCUUGACGAUGAUUUCUUCGAGAAGAUUGGAGCCUUAAGCACUAACAACCCAGAAGCUUUUCUUCGCCUUUUGCGCUAUCCAGGUGAAGUGGAAGAUGAUGAAGAAACAUAUGGUGCCUUUGCACAUUCAGAUUAUGGCAUGAUAGCUCUCCUCAUGACUGAUGGGGUCCCAGGGCUUCAGAUUUGCAAAGAGAGGUCCCAGCAGCCUCAGGUCUGGGAGGAUGUGCCUCACAUAGAGGGGGCCAUCAUAGUGAACAUUGGAGACAUGACGGAGAGGUGGACAAAUUGUGUGUACAGGUCAACACUGCACAGAGUUGUGCCAACAGGAAGAGAACGCUAUUCUGUGGUUUUCUUUUUAGACCCAAACCCGGACACUGUUGUGGAAUGCCUUAAAAGUUGCUGCAGCGAAUCAUCUCCGCCCAGAUUCCCGCCAAUCCGCAGUGCAGACUACUUUACGGAGCGUUUCAAGCUUACAUAUGGAUCAUCAUAAGUUAUUAUCGGAGAAUUCCAUUCAAGAACCUUCAGAUUAUUACGAUACUUUCAAUAAAAUGUUGUGAAGAGGGCUGCGAGCUUUAAUAAUAGAUCCGAUGCUUUCCAUUAUUGCAAAGUGUGAUGGUUUAUAUAUUAUAAUUAUUAAUAAAGGACUAAAGGGCAUUUUAAUCUUUAA